GGCGGCCGGCACGUCAGUCUGUGAAACACGAGCGAGUUGCGUCACCGCUUCGCGCGUGUGCGUUGGGACGGGCGGACUUGCCGCAUCACGCCGGUUUGGCAAGUCGGUAUGGUGUUCGUGUGGUGACGUAUGGUGCCGCUAGACAAGCGAGCUUCAGAAUGCGUUUACUGCGGUGUUGGUUCGUUUGAUAGUUUAUUGUUGGUAGUCGAUUGUUGCGGUAGGUGGAAAUGAACGUAAAGCGUUUCAUAGAGGAGCUACGAACCUAUUUUAUCCAAGGUCAUAACGGGGACUAUGUUUUCUUGACUACUGAUUACCAGUAACGGAAUACUUGGGCGCAAAGGCUGAAACCUCGUCUAGUAAUAUUUUCGCCAUACGACCUGUUGUACCUGACUAGGAGAAAUUCGAGAUGGACCAGUACCUGGACUACAUCGGCGGGCCGGCGGGUGCGCUGGCGCUGACGGGAGUGGCCGCCGCCUCAGCCUUCUACCUGGCGAGUCGCCCCAGCCCCGAGAAACCCCUGGUGCAGCUGGACAAGCAGAGCCGCGUGCUGCCGGGACCGGAGAUGAUCCGAGUCUCCAAGUUCUACAAGGACUCCAAAGACGGGAAGUACGUGGCGUUCAUGGACAAGGACGUGCGCACGCUGUACGAGUCCUUCAGGAAAGGAGCCAAAGAAUCCAACAACGGGCCGUGCCUGGGCUGGCGCGAGUCCCCCGCCAGGCCCUACCAGUGGCUGCACUACAACGAGACCCUGCUGCGCGCCAAGAACUUCGGCUCGGGCCUGGUGGACCUGGGGCUGGCGCCGUCGCCCCAGACCUUCGUCGGCAUCUACAGCCAGAACUGCCCCGAGUGGAUCCUGGCCGAGCAGGCCGCCUACUGCUACUCCAUGGUCAUCGUGCCGCUGUACGACACCCUGGGGCCCGACGCCUGCGCCUUCAUCAUCAAGCAGACCGAGAUCAGCGUGGUGGUGUGCGAGGACGACGCCAAGUGCAACAUGCUGCUGGACAAGUCGCCCCGCUGCCUGAAGAAGCUGAUCGCCAUCAAGGAGACGCGGCCGGCGACCAAUCAGAGGGCGAGGAACAGGGGGGUCGAGAUCAUUCGCUUCGAGGAGGUGGAGAAGAUGGGAGCAGCCACGGAUCACCCUGAAGUGCCUCCGAAGCUGAGCGACCUGUGCACCAUCUGCUACACGUCCGGCACGACGGGCAACCCCAAGGGCGUGAUGCUGAGCCACGAGAACGUGAUGGCCGGCGUGUGCGCCGUCAUGCUGCAGCUGGGGGAGCACCGGCCGCGCAGCAGUGACGUCAUGGUGUCGUUCCUGCCGCUCGCCCACAUGCUGGAGCGCUGCUGCGAGAACGGCGUGUACAUGGUGGGGGGCGCGGUGGGCUUCUACUCCGGGGACAUCCGCCGCCUGUCGGACGACAUGAAGGCCCUGAGGCCGACGGUGAUGCCGGCAGUGCCGCGACUGCUCAACAGGAUCCACGACAAGGUGAUGGCGGAGAUCAACGGCUCCUUCAUCAAGAAGAUGCUGUUCAACAUGGCGAUGAGCGCCAAGGAAGGAGAAAUGAAGCGGGGCAUAAUCCGGAACAACAGCUUCUGGGACCGGCUGGUGUUCCGCAAGGUGCAGGAGGGCCUGGGGGGCCACCUGAGGCUCAUGGUCGUGGCCAGCGCGCCUCUGGCCGGCAACGUCCUCACCUUCAUCCGCUGUGCCGUCGGCUGCCUGGUGGUGGAGGGCUACGGCCAGACGGAGUGCACGGCGCCCAUCACGCUCACGGUCCAGGGGGACCACGUGCCGGACCACGUGGGGCCCCCCGUGUCCUGCUGCUCCGUCAAGCUGGUCGACGUGCCGGAGAUGGAGUACUACGCGUCGCAGGGCCAGGGCGAGGUGUGCGUCAAGGGCACCAACGUCUUCCUCGGCUACUUCAAGGACGAGGAGAAGACCAAGGAGACGGUGGACAGCGACGGCUGGCUGCACACCGGGGACAUCGGCAUGUGGACGCCGAAUGGCACCCUGAAAAUUAUCGACAGGAAGAAGCACAUCUUCAAGCUCUCGCAGGGAGAGUACAUCGUCCCAGAGAAGAUAGAAAACGUGUACAUACGCAGCCAGUACGUGCAACAAGUCUUUGUCUGUGGCGAGUCUCUGAAGUCGUGCAUCGUGGCGAUCGUGGUGCCGGACGUGGACGUGAUAAAGUGCUGGGCGACGGAGAACAAGAUCCCCGGCACGCUGUCCGUGCUGUGCGCGCACCCGGAGGUGAAGCAGCUCAUCAUGGACGACAUGGUGUCCUGGGGCAAGGAGUGCGGCCUGCGGUCCUUCGAGCAGGUGAAGGAUAUCUACCUGCAUCCCGAUCCGUUCUCUGUCCAGAACGGACUCCUGACGCCUACGUUGAAGAGCAAACGGCCACAGCUGAAGCAAUACUUCAAGCCUCAAAUAGAAGACAUGUACAGCAAGCUGACGUAGGAGUAGACACUUCCGCCUGGCGUACGGCAGGAACAACAAAAAAUAUAUAUAUAAGAUUUAUGCUUCACGUGCACUUAACGGUUAAGUUUGUGUUCGGCGAGAUGGGUUGGUCGGGUGUGGAAAACUCUCUGGUGUAGAGCUCCAUGGUCCAGUUGGAUGGUGGGAUCAUCUUUUGCAAGUUACGUUCAAGAACUCUCACUGAAGGUCGUUGCUCUAGAAACAGCAAGGACUAUGUGAUGUUUGUGAUCGUACGGUAUGUACUUGCAUACCAUGUUCUGUUGACAGCAGGAAUUUGUAAAAUAUGGUGUCGCUGACUGUUUGUUUUGUUUGGAAGUUGUUUUUGUUUAAACUUAGAUGUAGUGAUUAAGUGGUCUGUAGAUUGUAGUGAUGUGUGCUGCUAUUUUGUAGUUAAAAUUGAAACCACCAAACCUACUUUAUUUUCGUUUAAAAUGUGAACUAUUAUUUUGCAUUAGAUAUCUAAUGCAGCAGGGAAGGCUAAGAAAAAUAAAAGAUUUACUGUUAUGUACUUUGAGAAAGUACAUAGUACCUGCCAGUGUGUACAUGCCUAAAGCACGUAAUAUAUUGAAACCCUCAGAGCUAAAAACCACAUGUGAUGAAACAUAAAAUAAAAAUAGCAAUAAAUCGCAUAAUCUGUUUUAUAUCUUGGUUGUGAUCUAACACUUUAAUAGAAUAUAGGCACUUGAGUAUGCAUAUUUCAUAUACAUAAUUCUGUAUUUAACAAGUUUUGUAAUUAAAAUAAAACCUAUUGAUAAUUUUAUUCACAACUAUACAAGUUAAAUAGCUCAUCAAAUAUCUAUGUUGAUAAAUUGCAGCACAUACGAUUAUAGUUCGUUCAUUUUGUGGUAACAGUUCUUCGGAUUAUUUCAUGUUGAUUUCUGAGAUUACUUACCAUUAAUUCUGUGCCCUAUUGCUAAUGUAAUUUUACAUUAAACUUGCUAUGUGUCUUAAAAAUUCAAUUUAAAAAAACUGAGUUCCAUAAUUUAUCACUUACAAAUUAUUUUUUAAAACUGUUUGGUUCUGAAAUGUUUACAGUAAUUUAGUAACAAACAAUUAAAAAGACCGUAAAUUUUUCUUCCAUUAUGGAAUAAUACUAAUGUUUGUUAGAAGAGUUAAGAGCAUAAUAUUUCAUCUUCUAGUGACUUUCUAAACCUCUGAACAUAUACUGGUCAUAAAAAUCUGUAAUGUAACUAAAACACUAUUGUUCAAAACAUAUUUAAAUAGUACCUUUAUAAUUACUGACAGUGUAGUGGUUGAUUUAAUAGUUCCAUUUAGUAUUUCUUAAAAAAAAAAAAAAAAAAAGUGUUUAAGUCAUGGUAACGACAAUCAGUUGAAAUUGUGCCGUUACCUAGCUUUGUUUGAAAUUGAUACAACCGUAAACAAAACAUAAUGGUUUUAUUUACAGUACAGUACCAUGUAAAGUUUCAAUAUCUAUGUCUUACCGUAUACAAACUUAGCUGCAUCAAAAGUGCUGAAAGAUUUUCACCCUGUUGGAUCUAAAUAUAAUUGAUUAUUUGUAAUAUGAAACAUUAGAAUAAAGUUUGAAAACUGAAACAUCUGUUCAGGACAAGUACAAGUGGUCCAUAAUUUAUUAUUUUUUGAAAAUAAACACAUGAAAGAAAAAAUAUAUAUAUUUUGCACACUUUGGUGGCUUUAUGUUAAAACAUUACUCAAUGCACCGUGGAUAUACCCUAUUACUUCAUAAAUGUAUAUAUUUUAUUUUAUUGUACAAAUAUGUAUGAGCUUGGAAGACAUUUUCGAAAGUGUGCAACUGGUGUUCCUAAGGUCUAAUGAUGUAUAUAUGUGAAAUUAAUUUAAAAAGUAACUUGUUUAAAAAAAAGUUUAAGUACUUAGUUUCCAAGCAGGGUUUUGUUGUUGAAAUGUUUUUCAGGAAAAGGCCUUGUUUAUGAGCCAUUUCAUUUUUUUUUUUUGAAGAAAAAACAGACAGCUCUACUUGUGAUUGUGAUUUCAGAGAAACUGUGAUUUUUCACCUGUUACAGUGUCGGUGGCUGUUGACGUGAGUGCAGUCUGUGAUAAAACAUGUGUGUAAGUUGUUUGCACAAUUUGAAAAGAAAAUUGUAAAUACAGAAUAUGACAUGGUUAGUGUGUGAAAUAAAUUUUCAAAACCUCAAA